AUGGAGACCUUCUCCACCGAUCCGCCCCGCAGGGCCCGUCGAUCAUCCAUCUCGAACCACAUCCACCGCGUCUUUAGCAAAUCUAUCGAUAGACGACACAGUCAAAAUGGCGAAUUCGUUCCCCCAGUUCCCUUUCUCGCUCGCGAAGCUCUCGCACAUGAGACAACCGAUAAUAAUCCCUAUGCGAAGCACUCCUCGUACGAUGAGACAGGGCCCAGCUCGUUCUCUUACUCCUCCAACUCUCGUUUGCCCUCCACCGGUACACCUGGCUCAAGUGUAUCAGUCACAAACGGGGCCCCUGGGCAGGAUGGUACUCCGACCCAAAUGACGCCCUUGCCUACCCGUCCCAAUGGAGAUGAUGACAAUAUCUACAAAUCUCCAACCUGGGAUAAACCCAAGAAGAAAGAAAAGCGUGUCACAAAGCGCCUGGAAGCCGAGAGAAAGGAACUAGAGAAGCGCUUGCUAGCACUUGAGGAUGCUCAAUCCAAGGCCGACCUUGGAACCUACGAAAGAUCCUCUCGCCGUCUGACCAAGAAACAACCUGUGGGCAGCUCAAGCAGAAGUUCCAGUGCAAAUGCAGAACGUCCGAGAUCGUCAAGUGGCCUGUCCUCGAUAUUCCGGCGAUCGCGCCGGAAUUCAAAUUCGAGUGAGCAAGACUUUCCGUCUGCCGAGUUUAGCCAGCUUAGGACAGAUACGAAUCCACCCUCUCUGCCUUUGACACUGCCGGAAAGGUUUGGAACUGCUAUCACUCGGGAGCUACAGUCCAAGCAUGGCACCGCACUGAAUCUAUCCGCUUCUAACAAAAUGCCGAAACCAGCCCAGCACAACCGUUUGCACGCCUCGGCAAAGUCUGAUGAUCUUCGUGAGAACUGGAGGGUGGCUGAAGCCUGGAAGACAAAGGACGGCCGUGAGUCCAAUCGAUCUGUGUCAGAGCAGAUUCCCAUCAGUAGUCGGUCCGUGGUUGGAAACGGUGCUCGAAACGGCGUGACACUUGCAUCCUCGGGUGAUCUGGAUAGGGAGUUGUUUUCCGCAGCUCUGAAACAUGACAGAAAGAGUAUGCCUGCGGCAGACCAUCCCCACGGUCGUCUGACUCUCCAUAACCGUUCCGUCAGGGCUACUAGCAUGCCAAUGUCGCAAAGCUUGAGCCAGCCUAACUUCUAUUCAUCCGGUCAUCCUGAUUCGCCUACCAUUACUACGGCUCGUCAGCUGCAGGAGAUGACACCUCCAGAAACUCCCGACAACUCGUCAAGUCCAUCCAGUGUUAGGUCUUACCAACCACUUAACCCAGCACAAACAAAUUCCACGGGGAACCUCGCCAGGAAGAACCGAGUUGAUCCCUUCCCGCGAGCAUACAAGUCGUCUCCCCUCGCCCUGAAUCCUGCAAAUACGGAUGAAUCAUCCCGGGAUGAUUCCAGGAUUCCAAGACCGCUGACAACACAAGACCUUAACCACGAAACCCCAUCUCAGGCAUCACACUCCCCCGCUCAACCUCAUCCCGAGGAUCGAGGAAGAAGCCGGUUGCCUAUCGCUUCUUCGCAUACCCCCAAACGAACCUCGAGUCGUUUCAAGGAAAACUUCCAAGAGACCCAGCAGUCGAUCGAAAUGCCACAGAUCCCAGUCAAGAGCGAAAGACGGAGUCUCGAGAUUCGAAGAAUGCCAACCACGUCAACCGAUACGCUCAGGGAAAUCCCGGCGUCUCCUUUCCAGGUAGCAGUCAGAUCUCCAUUCCAUACAGGAAGUGUUUCGCCCGGCGACAGAAACAGCCGAACAUCUAAAGAUCUGACCAAUGACACUUACAAUAUCUCCCCGUCGAGCUUCUCUUACUUCCACCGAACUCCCAGGAAUAUCCUUGCUGUUGGAGGACCCGGUGGAUUCAUACCAGGACAUAGCCGCACUCCUUCACACAGCUCCUCCCACGACGGUCAUUCAAAUUAUGACACUGCUGACGAAGAUACACCUGAAUCCCCUGGAUUCAAACGCGAUUCGCUGACUCGCGUGGAUACCAGUCCCUCCAUCCCUGCUGUUGAAGCGCCAACUGCACAAGAGUCUCCCGUCAGUCCACUCAUUCAACCCAGCACCCAACCCAGCGCUCAACCCGGCAUCCAAUCUGGCACGCAGCCUGUCUUGCAGCCUAUUCAGCAGGCUGGCUCUCAUCCCGAUGCCUCUGAUGGCAUACAGUACAGCCCUCAACCUGGCACACAGCCCGACAUUCGUCCCGGUAUGCAGGCCAGCUCGCAAGCAAGUAGUCAAACCGGCAGCCCCCAAACCCGACCGGGUCCCAUGAGCAUACUCAAAAGAAGAUCUCAAAAAGCGAAAGAAGCCCCCAGCCCACAGACCAUCGCCAAGGUCUUCGUGAUCUGCUGCCGCUGCAAGUACUGGCACGAUCCACCCUCCGAAGUCUACGCGCGCCUGGCCUGCCCCGAGAUUCAAGGCUCAGAUUCCAAGCCGGGCAAGUCCCGUUCCAAGAAGCAACCCGACACCAGUAUGCGCAAGCUGACAGGUUCACGAUCUCUGCCAUUCGGUCAAUUCCCGGUCCCUCAUGCUUCCCAGGGCAUGUCCGAUCUACGGCCUGCGCCUCUUCUACCUCGAAAGGUGACCUGUUGCUGGUGUGGACAUAAUAUGAGCCGAUCUUGCUGUGAGGAUUGGGCUACUGUUGUUGAGAUGCGUGAACGGCAUCAUUGA